GGAAACUUGGAAGGCUGUAAACCACCCAAAGCAGCCCCAAAUAUCUGAACCAGCCAAUAGCUAUUGGCCUCUCCCUCUCCCCAUAUCCUUUAACUUAUUUCUCCAAAUAUAAAAUUAUCCCUUUUGUUUUCUUUUCUUUUCUUUGAACGUUGUAAUAAUAAUAAUAAAUAGUAAUGUGAGGCUACUAAUCUCAGCUGCAACAGGACAGAAGAAAUCGGCACUGCUGCAAAAUCACUCACAGGAUAAUUAAAGAAAAAAAAAAAAAAGAGUUGGUGUUGAUGUAUGUGAUAUCAGGCGUGUGAAUCAUGGCCACUGCUGCUACUGUUGUCGGAAUUAGCACUGGUAAAAGGCUUCAUCUCGCCGUUAAAUGCACCACCGACAAGCUGCAAUUUCAACCUAAAGAGAGAAUUACUAUCACUUCAAAAAAGUCAUCAUCAAACGGACGGCAAAAUCCUCAGUCCAUCAAACAAAAUCAUCACCUGGAAUCUGCUGCUACAUUGGAGCCUCAGCUAGAAACUUGCGAUCCUGAGUAUUCGGUUGAUGCUAUCCUUCUCUGGCAGAAAUCUAUGCUUGAAGAGCAGUGGAAUCUUUCCCCCACGAAAACAUCUACUAAACCAAAAGAUAGAGAAAGAGCCCCGAAGCAAAUUCAAGUAAUCUGCUCUGGAACUUCUGCACGGCGUCGCAGGAUAGACUCCAGAGCAAAGGUUUUCAGUAGGAAAAAUCAUAAUCAUUCGUGGAGGCCCUUUAUCAGUCCAGAUAAGAGUAGCUUGAAAGGUUAUGUAAAGGGUAUUGUAAGUGAAGAAUUGCUUAGUCAUGCCCAAGUCGUUCAACUAUCACAGAAGAUUAAAACUGGCCUUUUGGUGGAAGAGCGUCGGUCCAGGCUGAAAGACAGAUUGGGAUGUGAGCCUUCAGAUGAGCAACUUGCAAAUUCCCUUAGGAUUAGCCGCACUAAUUUACAGUCCAAAUUGAUUGAAUGUUCACUGGCGAGAGAAAAGUUGGCUAUGAGCAAUGUUCGUCUUGUCAUGUCUAUCGCUCAAAGAUACGACAACAUGGGUGCUGAAAUGGCUGACCUUAUUCAGGGUGGUCUGAUUGGAUUGCUUCGAGGAAUUGAGAAGUAUGAUUCUUCAAAGGGAUUUAAAAUCUCAACUUAUGUUUAUUGGUGGAUUCGGCAGGGUGUUUCAAGAGCUUUAAUGGACAACUCAAGAACCCUAAGGUUGCCAAUCCACUUGCAUGAAAGACUGAGUUUAAUACGGAAUGCAAAAGCCAGACUGCAAGCGAAAGGAGUGACUCCGUCAAUUGAUAAAAUUGCAGAACGUUUGAACAUGUCACAGAAAAAAAUCACGAAUGCUAUUGAGGCAAACACCAAGGUGUUCUCGCUUGAUAGAGUAGCAUUCGCCUCAUUAGAUAGUACUGGAGAAAGUCACCUUGAUUACAUUGCAGAUAAUCGCGUCGAGAAUAAUCCAUGGCAUGAAGUUGAUGAGUGGGCACUUAAGGAUGAAGUAGACAAACUCAUUACUUUGACAUUGAGAGAACGGGAGAGAGAGAUUAUCCGCAUGUACUAUGGUCUAGACAAUGAAUCUCUAACUUGGGAAGAUAUCAGUCGACGGAUAGGUUUGUCUAGAGAAAGAGUGAGGCAGGUGGGACUCGUAGCGUUUGAGAAGUUAAAACAUGCUGCCAGGAAGAAAAGAUUAGGCACCAUGUUGUUACAACAUUGAUGCAUUUGGUCUAAAAGUACACUCAAGUAUCCCAUGUAUAUGUAUAUAAACAGAGGAAAUAGUUAUGAUGAAAUUUGUAAAACUUCAAAUUACAGUGAUUACAACAAUAAUGUGCUCCAGAAUUGGAAAAAGAUAAAAGGCAGAUAUCCCUCUGGAGUGUUUUCUUGGUUAAUGUAAUCACAAUAUCGAUACAUGACUGUGUUUUUCUUUCUUCUUCUUCUUCUUCUUUUU